AUGGUAGUUGUUGUUCUUGCUGUGAUUUUGUUGGCUAUGGCUGGUCACUCAGGUGGGACAUGGUGUGUAUGCAGAGAAGGGUUAAGCGAAGCAAUGCUGCAAAAGACACUGGACUACGCAUGUGGUGCAGGAGCUGAUUGUGGACCUAUUCACCAGAACGGACCUUGCUUUCAACCUAACACCGUCAAGUCUCAUUGCUCCUACGCCGUCAACAGUUUCUUUCAGAAGAAAGGCCAGUCUCAGGGAACUUGUGACUUCGCCGGCACAGCCGCCGUCUCAGCCUCUGAUCCCAGCUACACUACUUGUCCUUUCCCUGCAAGUGCCAGUGGUAGUGGUACCACAACUCCAGUGACGACAACACCUUCGACAAGAGUCCCUACCACGACUAACACAAGACCCUACACAGUCACACCUUCAGCAGGAGGAGGAUUGGGGAUUCCGUCUGGAAUUCCUGAUUACACAGAUCCGUUAUCAUUUGGAUUCAGACUCCAAAGCCCAAGAGCCGGAUUAUUGUCUGGAUUCAUAGUCUUCUUCACUCUCUUACCAUUCUACUUGUUUAGCUAG